AUGGAGUCAAUAAGAAGAAUAGAGAAACCAAGAAGAAGAGGAUUGGAAGGUGGUUCGCUAUGUCCUCACUUACAGCUAAUGUUUCGGCUGUCGGCAUUGUUAGGUCUGUCCCCACUUGUGUUUGAGAACGGAAAGUCCAGGUUCUCAUACGUCCUAGCCCCUUACUCCGUUAUCAUUUCAUGUCUUCUUGUGCGCUUCAACGGAUUGGUCCCAAAUGCAUUUCUCUUGUACCGUUUCAUGGUUCUCACAAGUUACACCCUCAUCUGCUCUCAGAUCAUAGCUAUCGGAAGCCACAUCCUCAGCCGCUACGAUCUGGUUGUGCACACCCUCGACCAGCUGAAGAACACACAGCACAACAUUAAUAAUAAAGUGGAGACCCUUCUAGCUGUUAACCAUCAGCUGUUCAGUUCCUUGAAAAGCUUAUAUAAGAUGGAGUCAAUAAGAAGAAUAAAGAAACCAAGAAGAAGAGGAUUGGAAGAUGGUUUGCUAUGUCCUCACGUUCAGCUAGUGUUCCGGCUGUCUUCUUUGUUAGGUCUGUCUCCGCUGGUGUUCGAGAAGGGAGAGUCCAGGUUCUCAUACGUCCUAGCCCCUUACUCGUUUGCGUUAGCAGCAUUGGAACCAAAUUGCUUUCUCUUGUACCGUUUCAUACUUCUCACAAGUCACACCCUCAUCUCCUCUCAGAUCGCCGCAGUUGGAUGCCAUAUCCUCAGCCGCUACGAUCUGGUCGUGCACACCCUCGGCCAGCUCAAGAACAGACCGCACAACAUUAAUAAUAAAGUAGAAACCCUUCUAGCUGUUAACCAUCAGCUGUCCAGGGUUGUGGAUACAUUUGCUUCCUGCUACAGAUUGCAACUCUUGUUUCUUGAAGAGCUUACAUCAGAUGGAAUCAAUAAGAAGAAUACAGAAACCAAGAAGGAGAUUGGAAGGUGGUCUGCCAUGUCCUCACGUUCAGCUAGUGUUCCGGCUGUCUUCUUUGUUAGGUCUGUCUCCGCUGGUGUUCGAGAAGGGAGAGUCCAGGUUCUCAUACGUCCUAGCCCCUUACUCGCAUUGGGACCAAACACAUUUAUCUUGUACCGUUUAAUAGGAAUCGUUAGUUACACCUUCAUCUCCUCUCAGAUUAUCGCAGUUGGACGCCACAUCCUCAGCCGCUACGAUCUGGUUGUGCACACCCUCUGCCAGCUGAAGAACACACCACACAACAUCAAUAAUAAAGUGGAGACCCUUCUAGCUGUUAACCAUCAGCUGUCCAGGUCGCAGAAGUUCGAUCUCCUCCUCUACCAGCUCAUGAUUAGCGAUGAGGACUUUGGAUUACUUGAUAACGUAA